AUGGACGAGGACCGGAGCGCCGAUCCCGCUCGCCGCGGCCGCCUCCUCUCGCCGACGAGCGGUCAGCCCCAAACCUCGCCACAGACACAGCCCCAGCUCCCCAUGGACCUCGCCUCCCAGUACCAACGCCGCUUUGCGCCGUCGGUUUUCCUCCCACCGAUGGCGCCCCGCCUGGCGUCCAGCUCCGGCUUCUCGGCCUUCAGCAACUACCAGAGCCUGCCGACGACGCUCGCGCCCGCGGUGGGCGCCGGAUCGCAUCUCGCUCGGUCACUCCCGAAGCCGCCGCUCUUCUCCGUGGACUCUCUAGCUCCGCUCCCGUACUCCACCGGUCCAGCGGCAGGGGCGGGGGCGGUGGUCCCGCGUUCCCCGCCGUCGCCUGGCGGCUCCGAGCAGCAAGUGCCGUCCGCGUCCGGCCUGCCGCCGCGUGGGUCGGGGCACCGUAGGUCCCGUAGCGAUUUCCUCGUCGGGUUCUCGCCCCCGAACCAGCUACCCCUGCCGAUGACGACUCCUGCGGCUGGGGAGUACAGGUCGAGGGACGCCUCACUCGAGGAGCUAUUCCGCUCGUACAGGGAUCCGAACCUCGGCUCCUCCGGGUCCGGGGAUAGCAGAAACGAAAGGAACGACCACCUAAGCAGCAGCCAACGCGUUUGGAGCCCCGCUGAUAGCAGCGAGAAUGAGGCUGAGAGCUGGGCGGCUAGUGGCAGUGGCAACGCAGACAGCAGCGCUAACCAUCCUCGCCAUUGCCGCAGCCUGUCGGUGGACAGCAUCAUGAGCAGUCUCAACUUUGGAGGCCCGGGCCAGGUUUCUCUGAGACUACCGCCUCCGUCCCCGGUGGCAGUAGCCGGUGGCAGCCUCACGCGCACCGGAAGCGGGGCAUCGGGCGGUGCGGUUGCAACUGCUUCUUCUGAACUUAUCAACGGAGAGUUCACCGAGUCUGAGAUGAAGAAGAUCAUGGCCAAUGAUCGCCUCGCUGAGAUCGCACUUGCUGAUCCUAAGAGGGUCAAGAGGAUUCUAGCUAAUCGGAUCUCGGCAGCAAAGUCUAAGGAGCGCAAGGUGAAGUACAUGGGUGAGCUUGAGCGUAAGGUUCGUGUGCUGCAGAUGGAAACUAGUACAUUAUCUUCGAAAGCAGCAUCGUCGCAGAGGGAAUGUGAGGCACUUAAAACUAUGAACAAUGAGAUGAAGAUCAGGCUGCAAGCAAUGGAGCAGCAAGCACAGCUGAAAGAUGCUCUGAAUGAAGCACUGACUGCUAAAGUCCAGCGCCUGAAACAAAUUGCUGGUGAGGCCAGUGAUCCUCAUGUGCCGAACGGUUCACAUCAUCAUAUGAACCGCCAGAUUCUCGAACAGCAGCUGCUGCAGCUACAGCAGAAGCAGCCAUCAGAGGCCCAGCAGGCUCAGCAGCAGCAGCAACAGGAAUCAGAGCAGUUCAAAGCUCAGCAGAAGCAGUGGAACCAUUAA